AUGUCCUCCUCCGUGCCGCCCUGUUCGGAGGGGGCGCCAGCCAUGAACGCCGGCCGAGCCCGAGCCCGAGCCGCGCCGCCCGCGAUUGCAGCCGGACAACCAAAAGGUGUAUGUGUUUCACCUUGUGGACGUUUCCGUGCCUUCUCAUCUGAAGGCAAGAUUCCUGGAAGAGCACCGAAAGUGCAUAGAGAUCUAGCACCGUGUAGGACAUUCCAUCAGAAUACAUGUUGCGACAUGACGCAGACAUUUCCUGCCCUGGUCUCAGUCAGAAACCUCGCCUUAAUUGGUGAAGGCAGUCAAGAAUGCCUUAAUUUGUGGGAAUUGCUUGAGGACUCAAUAUGUGAUCCACGCGUGGGUGUCAGGCCUGGACCUCCUGUUGUAUGUGCAUCAUUCUGCGAUAUGGUCUUCAAAGCUUGUCCAGAGGCAUCCUUCUCUGUCGAUAUGAAAACACAGGCCUUGUCUCCUUGUGGUUUAGGUGACAUCCUUUGUGGCAAAGCACAUAAAUGGGUCUCUAACGACACAGAGUUAUGCCAUCUUGCUGGUUUCUCUAUGCAAAUUUCUGAGACCAGCUCGGGUGGAGUUGAUGACACUUUAUGCUAUGGUGGGAAAGCAAGUUUGGAUUCUAAAGACCGUCCAACAUUAAGUGGUGUGGCCUCUUGGGAUCUUCAAGAUUUUCUGAGAUGGGCAAUAGAAGUGCAUGUCGGUGAAAGAGUUUCAUGGGCAAUUGGAGGAAUGGUUCUCACAGCAGGCCUUAUUUUCAUCAGCAGAAGGAAGAGCUACUACCAUCACCAGAAGCAAGCUGCUAUUGUGCGCACUAUGAGAUUGAGAAAGCUGGAUUCAAGAGCUAACCCACAGCAACUGAGGCGAAGUUAGGAAGGCAUAUGCAACUCUAGCAUUACUCGUCAAGGAUUCUUGGAUUUGUGCUUCUACCUCUUUGUGGAUUAGCAUUCUAAUCAAUCAACUAUGAACAAUAGAUUGUAGGUCAUGUCCUUCCCAGUGAUUAGAUACACAUAGUCACCAGUUAAAACCUCCUUGUCAUCCUUCUGUAAAAAAAAAAAACAAUCUAUAAAUUAU